AUGUCUAAAUUCGAAUUAGUUAACUACUCAUCUGGCUGCUCAUGUGGUGCUGAUUGCAAAUGUGCUUCCGAAACUGAAUGCAAAUGUGCAUCCAAAAAAUAA